AGCGAGGUUUAUGAUCAGUCUCUUUCGUAUAUUCAAAGAAGCUGGCUGGAUCGAUUCUGUUUCUAAAAUGUUUUCCCAACUCUUAUCGCUGAGGUUGGCUUUGAUGUUGAUCUUUUUGAUCACUGUACAGUGGACAGGAGCUCGUCCCCAGAAUCCUUACUAUGUAGAAAACAUCGGACAGGGCAACUUCCAUCAUCAACGCCAUCAUGGUCAUGGUCAUCACGGGCAUGGGUCAGGUUAUGAUACAGGAUUUUCUGGCCCACCUCCGCCCGGAUAUGGUAGGAUCCCACCUCCGGGUUCCUAUUAUCCAGAUCGUCAACCCGGGGGUGGGCCUCCACCUUAUUACCCACCUGGUGGUCCAUUUGUAGGACAACGACCUGGUGGUCAUUUUGGUGGACAUGACUUCCACCAACCUGGUAACUGGAGACGACCAGGUUUCGGUGGCCCAGGAGGAGAUUUCAACAGGGUUCCACAGCCUGGAAAGCCACCAAGUUCCCAUCAACCAGGUAGCAGUGAGGAAACUUACUCUGGUGGAUUCCAGCAACCAGGUGGCGUUAAUACCGUACAACCAAGACCUGGUCAGAACACAGGAGGAUUCCAACAGCCAGGCCAAGGCUCUGGAGGAUUUCAACAGCCAGGACGAAACACAGGUGGAUUCCAACAACCAGGCCAAGGAUCAGGAGGAUUCCAGCAACACGGCCAAGAUUCUGGAGAAUCCCAACAGCCAGGCCAAGGCUCUGGAGGAUUCCAACAGCCAGGCCAAGGCUCUGGAGGAUUCCGUCAGCCAGGUCAAAGUCAGGGACAGAAACCAGGAACUUCUAGUAAUACCCUCCAACCCCGUCCCGGCAGCCCAGAUGAGGACUUCUCCCAGUUCAACUUCCAGACUCCAAACACAUUGCAGCCCCGACCUGGUCAGGAUCUCCAAGGGGGAGGCACAAGUGCAGGAAAAACCAUCCAACCACUUCCCGGGCAGCCCCAGUCUACCGUAAUCCAACCCAUUCCUGGCCGUCACCAAGAUUCAUCUCCCGACAAUGUCCACGACAAUAUCAAAGAUCUCUUCAACACACAGGAUUUCCUUUCGCCCGAGCUGAGUCAAGCUCCUGGAGCCAACAGAGAUCCCAAGUCUGAUGCUGAGGAUGUGAAUCCAGAAUCGGUGAAUCAGCGCAGUCUAUUCGACGUGCAGCCAAAGUGUGCAGAUGGACUCAAGUUCAUGGCAGGGCAUUGCAGGAAGGAGGCCUAGGAAAUGUCUCUUUUUUAUAUAUUAUUAAAUAAACGAUUUUAUUAUGCCAAUAAAUAUGUCAUAAUGAGUAA